UCGCACCGCCUUAAAAUACAUCAUUUCGGAGCACAAAAGGCUAAAUGAGAGAGCCCAAAACUAGGGCGCGGUCCCCAAUUUUUUCCCUCUCCCGCUCUCUUUUGGGAACCAAUCCUUAACCUAACCCUAACCCUAACUCAAACCUAACCCUGGUUAUCGAUUGCCAAGGCGACCCAUCGGAUCCCUGUCGUCUCCUCCUCUCCUCCUCCUCCUCCUCCUCCGCCUUCCCCUUUAUUUCUGAAACCCUAAGCCGUAACCCCAGCCGAUCGCUAACCCUAACCCAGAUCCUUUGUUCCCCCUAAUCUAUCUCCUUCUUUCUCUCCAUUUUGAAGCUAAACACUAGCCGUACUUUUAUCUUGGGCCGAUCAACGGCGCCGUUUUCGCUGGAAUCGCGAGAUCUGGCCGUGCCCUCGACGGGAUCCGACGCCAUGGUGGUGAACGGGAGGCCGCUGAAGCGCGCAAAGAGGCGGGUGACCGCAGAUAUGUGUGAUUUUCUGACCUUUCCGGCCGCCGGCGACGGGAUCUGCGACGAUCUCGACGGGCCAUUCCGCGUGAACGUCCGCGAGUUUCUAGUGGGGCACGCCCGGCUGUCGCCGCCUUCGUCCAUUUUGUUGCCCUCCGCGGUUGCCUCGCCGCAUCUCAUACCGUGGCGGAUCAUGUUCCGGGUAGGUGAUCCGGCGGAGGGUGAGCUGCCGAGAGCUUUCGUCGAACUUGAUGUUGUCGAAGAGGAUGUGCUGCGAUCAAAGUCGAUCUAUUGUGACCACUGUAGAGUCGUAGGGUGGAGUGGUCAUCCAGUUUGUGGAAAGCGUUACCAUUUUAUAAUCCGAAAUGAUGGUAAACCGCCCUCCAAUUGUCGCCAGACUUGUAUCCAUUGUGGAACCUCCUUGCCUUUGCCGGAUACGAGGUGUAUUACAUGCAAAUAUGAGAUGACAGGUGAUGAUCUAGAAGAUUGGCCAUAUGUACAGUUAGAAGAUUCUAGUCAUUUACUGCAUGCUGUGGUGCAUGCAAAUGGUUAUGGCCACCUUCUCAGAGUUAAUGGUCGAGAAGGUGGUUCAAAAUAUUUAACAGGAUGUGAUAUAAUGGGCUUUUGGGAUCGCAUAUGCAAAAUGCUUCAUGUCAGAAAGGUCACUGUUAUGGAUAUUUCCAAAAAGUACGGAAUGGAGUAUCGUCUUCUGCAUGCGAUAACUGCGGGCCGUUCAUGGUAUGGAGACUGGGGAUACAAAUUUGGUGCUGGUAGCUUUGCGCUGACUGCUGAUGUCUAUCAGAGAGCUGUGGAAACCCUCUCUAAUGUUCCACUGUCCAUCUUCUUCUCCCAUGCCCGAUCUCCUCGCACCCCAUUACAGAAUAUGAUUGCACUGUAUCAGUCCAUCUCUGAUUGUCAAUUAGUGACCGUGAGGGAUCUCUUCUGCUAUGUGAUGCAGCUGCUUCAUGAAGCUCAUGAGCGAGCACAACCAGAAAUUCUUGUGAGGAAGAAAUUGGCUAAAGCUGCUUCAGGUGUAUUGUGUGCAUGGACAAGGGAAGAUGUUGAGCAGGCAGAGAAGGCCAUGGUCAAGGUUCUUCGAGCUGUUGGGGGGUUCAAGUGGGUGACUUGGCGUGCUCUUAGAGGAGCCACAUGCCGGGCAAUAGAAUCUCCAGAGCUGCUUAAUUAUUGCCUUAGGGGGCUGGGUGGUAAGGUUACUGAUGAUGGCAUGAUGGUUGCCGUCCGUUGCAAUGCUGAAACAAGUGCAAUGGAGUACAGGCUUGAGGAAGCUUCAAACCAGAUGCAGUCCACUCAAUACUUGUCCAGGCCAACUGCCGAUCAGCUCCUCCAUGAUCUCAAAUUCUUGUAUGAUGCCAUUCUUAAUCCGACGACCAUGCAAUCUUACAAGCCACAGGCCACAAAUGAUUCCGUCAGGAGUUCAGCAUCAAAACUCCUCGACUGUAAGCAAUUCAUAAAGCAUUAUGAUGAUCCUGCUUCUGGUUGGUUGUCUUCUGGUCCAUUUGUGCUUCGGAUCUGGUGCCAUGUCGAGUUGAUUGAUCAUCCUAAGGACUAUACUGCUUCCCCACCGGAGCUUUUGAUUCUGCCAAUGUCUGCCACUGUAGCUGAUUUAAAGCAACAAGUGGCUAGAGCUUUUCAAGAAACAUACCUCGUCUUCCAAAGGUUCCAAGUUGAGCAGUUAAUAUUGGACCGUGGAGAUAUUGGUGAGUUAACUCUUGUCAAGCAUAUAUUUGGUCCAAAUGAAAUUGCCAUGAUCAGAGGAAAGUGUGUUGGAGAUGAUAGAAGGCUGGGACAGUUCCGUAUGGAAAGAGGGUUGGAGAAUUGGAUUGUGGAUUGUUAUUGUGGAGCAAAAGAUGAUGAUGGUGAAAGGAUGAUGGCCUGCGAUACCUGUGGGGUUUGGCAGCAUACAAGAUGUAUUGGGAUAAGUGAUUAUGAAGAAGUACCAGCUAAGUUUGUUUGUAAGAAAUGUAAUUGUAUGCGUAAGUCUAAAGGCCGCAGCAGUGCACGAAUCAGAAGUAACACCCCUGGUGGGAGGUGCAAAGAUGAAAUAGAGCCUUCCAUCACUGAGCCAGGGAGAUUUGGUAGCCUGACAACCGUAGGGUGAUAAUAUUUUUGUUGUUGUAAAGUGUUAGUCUGCAUGUACAUAGAGUAGCUUAGCAUGAGAGCUGAUGACAGUCUCAGCUUUUGGCCUCCUUGUAAUAAUUUUUAUGGCCAUGGUAGAAACUUUUUGUUUCUCUUUGAUG